GGUCCGGGGAGAAAGAAGGAGAGGGCGAGCAUUCCAAUAUGGCGGCGAUGUUCUCUGUUGACCUCAAGCACCAUUGAGUUAACGUUAUCAUGCGUAGAUCGCGGUACAAAAUAUACAGCGCGGGUGCAAUCCAUGUUUAGAAGGUCAGUUGUGAAAAGCAGCACGCACGUGAAAAUGGGGAAAAGAAAGAUCGCUCAAAAAAUUGUUGAAAGCAAGAAAAAGAGGAAAAGGAAUGACCCGAUACACAAGACACAGCAAAAUGCAGAAAAAGCUGCCAAAGCUGGGCCAGUGGCCAGAUGGACAAACAAAGAAAGGACACUGAUUUUUGCAUCUAGAGGAGUAUCCUAUAGAGGGCGUCAUCUCAUGAAUGAUCUCCGCACUCUGAUGCCUCAUUCCAGAGCAGAUUCGAAAAUGGACCGAAAAGACAAUUUCUUCCUUAUCAAUGAGGUCUGUGAAAUGAGAAACUGCAACAAAUGUUUGUUCUUUGAAGCAAGAAAGAAGAUGGAUCUGUAUCUGUGGGCAGCUAACAUUCCUCAUGGACCAUCUGCAAAGUUUCUCGUAGAAAACAUUCACACAAUGGCAGAGAUGAAGCUGACAGGGAAUUGCCUGAAGGGGUCACGACCUCUCUUAUCCUUUGACCCCCAGUUUGAUGAGUCUCCUCAUUUCGGUGUCCUCAAAGAAUUGUUCAUUCAAAUAUUCAGUACUCCCUAUCUCCAUCCUAAGAGCCAGCCAUUUAAUGACAAUGUCUACACAUUCACUAUUCUGGACAACCGGAUAUGGUUCAGAAACUAUCAGAUAGUAGAGGAGGAUGGAUCCCUGGCAGAGAUUGGUCCUCGUUUAGUUCUCAAUCUCAUCAAGAUCUUCAGUGGAAGCUUCCGUGGACCUACUCUCUAUGAAAACCCCAAUUAUGUCUCACCAAACCAGCAUCGUACACUGAUAAAGAAGCAAGCAUCGUUGAAAUACCAGAACAGGGUUGAAGCACGGAUGGGUCAGAUGGAGAGGAAGGAGACAGAUACAUACAAGAUGGACACCCUGGAUGAGGUGUUCCAUACCAUCAAACCAGAGGAUGCUAAAGGAGCUGAAAAGAUGACGUUCUUCAGGAAGUGAUGAAGACGGAAAGUUCAGUACCAAGAACUGUUGCGUCCAUUGAGAGAGAAGGAACUCAAUAUUGUACAGCCAACUUGCUGUAGCGACCACCUGUAUAGAAAGAUCAGCUGUCUAUAGAGACCACAUUUUCUGUUUUCCAUGAAUACUGUGUCUC